UUCAAUUUAGUAAAUUCCUGGUUUAUUCUCGUUGGUUUAUUCCCAUGGAAAGUUUCCAACUUUGAAAAUUCCUGGAAUUUUGCAACCCUACUUCUAAUAUUUUUCUUGUGCAGUUAAACAAGUUAAGCCUUCUUUUAAUAAUUUAGUAUUCAAAUAAAUAUACAUUUCUCAGAGAGAAAGGUUAGCUAGUAGCUCUCUGGUGUGUCUUCAGUUAGCAUUAGCAAAGUGAUAAAGAUAAGAGUGUUAGCUACAUGCCAGUGGCAUAUGUUUGUUGGGCUAGCUUCUAAUAGUUUCAGUAACUUUUUGUUUUAACGUUUUUUUCUCGGUUAAUUCGACCAAAAUAUACAUUUAUAGUUGAGUCUUUGAGUGAAUAUUUCUUCUUCAGAAUAUUCAGCAUACUUUGGGCUCACUUUAAUAAGCAUUAACAGAGUGAAGAAGAGGUUCCAUGAUGCUAAGCAUGUAGUGACGUUGCUCUGCAUCACACUGAGAGCAGUGCUGAUGCUGAGGAGGAAAUAUAGGACAACAGGAGGAGGAGGAGGAAGAGGAAGAGGAGGAGUAGGAGGUGAAUACUGUGUGGAGCCAUAAAGCUGCAGCAGAGUAAGCUGCACCAUCUGCAUCUCUACACCAGUCUUCAGUCGUCUCUCAGCUCCGGCAGGAUGAAGGGGCUGCAGCGGCUCAGCCUGCCCGGAGCGUGACGACCCUUUCUGGGCUGUGCCUGCCUCGUCCUCCCCCCUUGCUCCCCCCUCUGUGUGGAGCUGUGAUCCUCCGCCUCUCUGCAGCAGCGUCUCUCCUCCAUCAGUUGAAACAUGGACGGACUCCGCCUGCCCCCCCUCAUAGAGGAGGUCCUCGACUCGUCAGACGAGCUGUGUGAGCUCAAGGAGGAGAACAAACCCAUCAAGUUAGGAGACACUCUGACGGCCAAAGAGAGGGAGUCCAUGGAGGAGAAGGAGGAGACGGUGGGAGAUGGAGAGGAGAAGGAGGUGAAGGAGGAGAAGGAGGAGGAGCUGGGAGGAGGAGUGGAGAAGGACGAAGAGGAGGAGCUGGAGGAGCUGAGGGCUCAGGUGAUUCAGCUGCUGCUGGAGCUGGAGGAGACCAGGGAGGUUUCCCAGAAACACGAGGAGAGCUUCCUGGAGAUGCAGGGUCUUUUGGAGGACGAGCGUUUGGCGAGCGCUCAUCAGGCAGAGAGUUUCACCAGACAGAUCCAGAGACUGCAAGCCCAGCUCCGAGCGGUGCAGGAGGAAAUGGACAGCCUGGAGGAGGAGAAGGAGAGCGAGCUGGAGGAGGCGCAGGAGGAGCUACGUGUGGCUCAGGAGGAGGUGAUGAUACUGCAGCAGGCGGCCGAGGAGUCGGCGGCGGAGCGGGAGAACGACAUCGCCUCCCUGCAGGAGGAGCUGUGCAGAGUGAAGGCGGAGCUUCAGCGUCUCCACGGCAGCACGCAGGAGUACGAGCUGGAGAUCACCUCGCUGAGAGCCGAGAUCAACAUGAAGAGACAGAACACACACGCACAUGGUGAUGUGGGUCAGCUGAAGGAGGAGUUUCUCUCUCUGAAAGAUGAGCAACAAUCUCUGACCAAGAAAAACAAAGAGCUGAGCAGCAAAGUGGAGCAACUGCAGCAGCAACGAGACACGUGUGACGAUGUGUACCUGGCAGUCAGAGGCCAGAGCAGCAUUAAGCCCGUGCAGGAGGACCUGGUGAAGACAGACUCUUACAUCACCCUGUCUCAGGCCUGUCCUGAAGAUCCGGACUCUGUCCCCGAAGAAGACUACAGUUUAGAGCUGAGCGUCCUGAAGGAGCAGCUGAGAGAAGCCGAGGAGACGGCUCACAAGGUUCAGAAAGAGUGUGAGGGUCUCAAAAGCGAGCUGGUGGAGCUGCAGCAGAUGUACGACAGCAGCCAGCGGGAGCGGACGGCGCUGGAGCAGGAGCUGCAGCGCUGCAAGGCGGAGCUGCAGAAACUAGUGAGCAAGAAGACACAGCAGAGCGAACCUGAAGGAUGGAACCUGGCGGUGGCAGCGGUUGCCGUGGCAGCCAUUGCAGUUCUGGUGGUCCCCAGCUUCACCCGGGCCUGAGGGCUGAACAGGAAGUGACCUCACUGGGAAAUGUGUGAGGUUGUGGGAUAUCCUUCACCCAUCAGCGUGCUGCCUUUAUACAUGUUGCUGUCCUGAUGUCUGCUUUCUGCAUUGCUCUGUUUGACGGGACGGCACCGACAGGACGGUUUCACCUGAAGGACACAGACGUCAGUGAGUGAACGAGGGGGAACAGCAAUAAGAUGUUUAAAGAUACAUGAAGUCAUCUACGCAGACUUUAAGUCUUCCUGCAGGUCGUUAUUGUAGCACUGAACUGCCGGUUGAUUUAUUGAUCCCCUCUGAGGUUUUCAAACAUCCACCAUCGUGAUCCAGAGUCUGACUGACAACUCUCAUUCUGCAUUCAAGUUUCCAAUGUGUCCUGAUAACACCUGGGCCCGGCUGUUUCAAGGUAAUCUGAGCAGAUUAAAGCUGACAGAUUGAAUCAUGAAAACUGGAUGUUCAAAAGAAAAUAAUUUUAUAAAAUUGCAAAAGAUCAGGCAAUCAAUUUCUUUAAUCCUGAUGAAACCUCCAGUUUGUGGUGUUCAUACCUGGGAUUACUUUGAUCCAGAAUCAGGAUUAUCUGGAUCCCAGCAGAGGGUGGAUUCAGGCUGGAUUACAGGAACUAAGUGUGAGAGAACCUUUAAACUGGUCAAACUAAACAACAUUUUUACAAUAAUGCUGAUACUUAAGACAUUAUAUCAUUUGAUUAUGGGAUCUCUAUCUAUAUUUCACCACAGAGCAUCAAUAUUAAACUUAAAAUGUUAAAUCUAAAGCAGCUGUGGGGUUCUUUCAGUUUGUGUGGAUUUGGCGCCCCCUGUGGACAAAGUAUGUAGUCCCCUUUAGGGCACUGGUAAUCUGGAUUUGGUGAGCUUUAAGUCUUUAUCUGGAUCAGGGUGAUUCUUUGAAAAACAGGACCAGAUCACCUGAUCCUGGAUUGACAAAAAUUGGAUUUCCAAAUCCAGAUUAUUCUCAGCCAGAGUAAACUUUUUUUUUUUGGUUUAUCCAAAUCUUAAAAAAGACAACACAAAAGGUUUUCUAUUCAUAAAGACAAUAAACACAAACAGCUGCAAAUGUUUCCUAACAUCUUACAAAUAAUUAUUCAAUAAUCAGUGUAACAGCUGAUGACUUUUUGAUGCCUGUUGAUGGUUUCAGUUGUUGAAUUAUUUGCCUUAUUUUCCCGCAGUGGAUUUAAAGAAUCAUUUGCACUCACUGAGUUAAACUCAUGAAGGAGAUUACAGUAGCAGAUACACUUUGAUUGUUUAAAAGUAUUCCUCUCCUUGUUAUCACGUGUUUGUCCAUAAAUGACUAUCUAUACAACUUACUAACAGGAUUGCUUUGUAGCAUGAGAAACAGGUCAUUACGGGAAAACCACUGACCAGUAUUUACCUUCCUAUCCCUUUACAGAAUGAUUCAAAUGUUCUGUAUUUGUAUGUUUAUGGUAUCAAAUAGUUGUAUAUACAUCUACAGAAGAAUAACAGCACUUUUAAAUUAUUUUAGAACAUAUUUAUUGGAGCUGAAUCACUUUAAAGAGAGAUUAUUUAUGUUGACUGAUUUCACUGUGCCAGUAUUACACUCAGAUUGUGCCAGAGAUUAAGUAGAUUUUAGAUAUUUUUGCACACCAGAGAAAAGCUGGUAAUUUAAAGAAGACAUCAUUUAUUUAUUUUGGAUUUAAUUCUGACAAGGUAUGGUAUUUUUUGGUGGAUCUGUACAUCUAUUUAUGGAGAUAUUUUUUUAUUCAAGUUCUGAAAGAUUAGCAGAAAGAUGAAAAGUAUAACUGAAUAUGUUUUUAAACAUUUUUAACACACUGAUUAUGCUUAGGCUCAGAAAUAUUUGUCUGUAAUAAGGAGGAAUUAUCCUAACAUAUUGGAAAAUAUAGGAAGUGGUUUGAUUUAUCAUAAAGACACAAGAGUGAUGAUUUUUUUGGAAUAGAAGAGGACCGAGGAUAGCGCCCUGUGGUACACCUUUACAUAAAUUGUGUUCGACUGGACAAAUUUGGCUUCAGUUUGAACGACAUAAAGUCACACAAACAUCUUAUUCAUGUAGAUCUGAAACUCCAGAGGAAACACUCUAUAUUCCUGCCUUUGUUUCAAUGAGAUUUAGAAGUGAUGAUCACAAAAAGAUGUCUCAAAUCUCGCUUUUUUUGUCAGACAUAUCAGUUUUGGUGUAUUUUAAACAUUUGUUAUCACUUUUAUUAAGGGUACUGAAACCUCUUUUAUUUGUACAUUGUUUCAGAUUUAAAGGAUUCGGAUAGAAACCUGAUUUAUGUUUACAUUUAAGUGGUGACCAAACAAUCAUAGAACACAAUCAGAUGUUGAAAUUACUGUGAUUCUGUUAAAGUUCAAAUCAGGUGUUUAGGUUAAGAACUGUUUUAACUCUGUUUUUAUUUGAAAUGAUGUAUAUGAACUUGACCAAAUAUCAAACCCUUCUUAAUGAAAGGCAUUCCAGUUUAAGUCCAGACACGGACCUUAUCACACUGUUUAAAAUCUAAACAUAUGGAUAGAUAAACCUCCCUUGCUCACUCUGCUUAAUAAGAAUGUGUUUAAAAACCGAACUGUGAUGAACUGUUUGAUAUGGCAUUAACAUGACAGAACACAUAUUAGAGUUACAUAUACUGUGAUUAAUAUCAGGACAUUGAUAAAAACAGGUUUCUUCUAAGGUUAAUAGCAUGUCAUAAAGAUCUUUAUGUCAUUUUUUGCAUGAAAAUAAGACUUGUAGUAAUUUUGGUCAGAUUAUAACGGUGGACAUCCAGACUAAUAGAUUUUGUGAAUUAACAACUUUGUGUUUGGAUGUUUGGUAGUUUGUUUAAAGAUGUGGUUGGUUGUGAUGAAGCAGGUAAUUAGUGGUGUAACUGGGCUUCCAUAGAUCAGAUAACUCCAGUGUGUUGUAGUCUGUGCAGUUAUGUGAACUCUGACUUGCGUCUUGAUGUCGAUUAUGAGUCAAAAAAUGUUGUUUACAAAUGUAUUUUUGUUUGCUUUUGACAGAAAACACCAGUGUCACUCUGUAAAAUGGUGAAAAUGUGAACAUUAGUGAAAAAAGUGAGAAAUUAAUUGUGAUAGUGAGUUAGAAUAUUGAUUGAGUAAUUGUAUAUUAGCCAGUUCUUAUAUUUUUCCAUAUUAGUACAAAUACAAAUUCUCCUUGGAUGCAGCAUGCUAAUAUCAAUCCGUUCAUUUUUUAUAUAUCCUUUUCAAAAUGUUUUUUGUUCUGUUCUAUACAAAGAAUAAUUCCAGUUGAUUUUGGGUUAGUGCUUGUUUAAAGGGAAGAUUUAUCUGUUCAGCUGAUUGGACUGUAGUUCUAUGUAGUGACAUACUUGCAGAAUAAUGUAGCAUUAGGAAUAGAGCAUGCAGGUGGAUUUAUUAUCGGCAUAAUGAUGUCUAUCAGCAGGUAUUUGACAUCCUGUUUUGACGCAGCUAAUGGAGGACGCCAUUUUAUGCAGAAGAGCCAGAAUAUUAGUUAUUGUUUGAAACCCUGAUUACUUUGUAGUGAUAUCAGAAAAAGUCCAUUCUUGGCAGUGCUUGAACAAACAUUAGCUCACUGUAGACGGCUCAGUGUUGCAUGCUAGAUAUAGAGAGGUAGAACAUGUGCAUGAAAAUAGUCGAGUAGAUUCAGAUAUCAGCUGUAGAGAUAGACAAUGCUCUGUGAAUAUGACAGUGUUAGCAUGAGCACUGUGAUCCAUUUCCUCCAUCGGUUAUUGCAGACUGCUUCCUAUCUGCUUUUAUAGUUACAGGCUUUAAUGUAAAUGUUAAAUAAUGUUUAAAAAGCUUUGAUUGUCUGUAAUCCUCAGAGUCUUAUGGUUCAAAUAGAUAUCAGUCUUAUCUCAGUUGCUUUUACAAUUACUUGCUUAGCUUAGAUUAAAGAUAGGCGACAUGCUAGCCAAUGCUAAGCUAGCUUCAAAAAAGGGAAAUAUUUAGUUAAUGAUAAAUGUUGUCUAUGUAGGUAUCUGGAGUAGCUGGCUUUAUCUAACAAAAUAACAGUUGGGUGCAGAUAGCAACCUUUUAGUUUUGUUAGCCUAGCUGAAACAUGUAUGCUAGUACAGAUAUUUUUAUAAUUGCUAACUCUUAGAUGUGUUUAAACCUAGCUUAGUGCAACGACCAAAACCCAGGGGAUAUCCUUAGCUAGUAUUGCAACAAAAAAGUUAGUUUUACAGUUUUUUUCGAUUGCUUAAACAUGAUUUUGAAAACAGGGCCCACUUUGUAAAAAAACACUACAUACAGUUCACACAACCACACACACAAGUAGCAGAAAAACCUAAGAUCCUUUGCAAAAUGAAACACUCUGGUAAAAAAUGUACACUCAUUUAUCAAAACCAUAUUUUGUUACCAUAUGAAACACACACAUUUCAUAUGACUUCAUUCUGUUUGAACCAGUUACACACUGCUGCUCCUAAAACACCUUUAGCAAUUCUACUUCAUUUCUCUCUAUAUACCCAAAUCAGUCAACAUGUCAACAUGGAGAAUCACAACAAAACAGACUUUUCAUGCUACUACAGUAGUGUGCCUAACAUUGUAAGCUCAGCAAAUAUCAGACAAACAUAAAAUACUGGAUCCAGCUGCAGGUAAACUCACCUGCUGCAUUGUUAUAGUGCUUAAACCUGAUUGGUGUGUCUACAGUUAGGCCUUCAUGUGUUUGCUCACCUGAUGGCUGUGUUUAACCAAUCAGCUCAUAGGUGAGGUCAUUUGACAGUCAGUGCUUUGAAACUGAAGGAAGUGACAUCAUGAUAUACUUCUGUGUCUAAUGUAUAAAAGUGUGUUUAGUGUUUUGAAAAUCACUGUGUGUGUUGUUUUGCAAAAAGUGUGAGGGUGACAUUGUGCUUAUCGUGGUGCAGAUAUGGGCCGAUGUUUUGCUCCUUGAGUGUACGGUUUUGAUAAUUGUGUAAUACUUUUGAUUUCAGUGUUUAUGCAGUCGAAAAAACUGUAUUUAAAAGUUUUAUUUUAAGUGGAUUUUUGGGUGUAAUCCUUUCUAGUAUUGUGCAAGGGUAGAUUUAGCUUAGCUUAGCACACACUGUUAGCAAGGUACAACUUUUUAGCUAGUGUUUCCAAAAUAGGGCUAGCAGUACCUGUUUGUGUGUGUAUGUGUGCACAUAUCAUACAUCAUGCUAGCUGAGCCAGGUGUGUAAAGCAUUUUCCUAUUGUAGUUGUACAAGCGUACAUUUAUCAAGAUGUCUGCCAUUUAAAACCUGAUGACUCUUUGUAGCUCAGAAGUAGCAUCAUUUGUAACAGUGUUUUUAGCCUAGCUUAGCAUAAAGCCAGUAUAAGUCAGCAUUAAUAAACUGGUAUCCUAGCUUAACCCUACUGUUAUGUUGCGGGUCAAAUUGACCCUUUUUAAAGUCUUUUAAAAAGUUUUAACAUUAAUUUUAAUGAAAAACGAGUGAGUAAUCCACAUAUAACCAUAAUCUGGGAGAAUGAAAGAACACCAAUGGACUAAAUCUUGAUUUAAAUGGUUAAUAAUGGUGUUAAAAAUUAGAUUUUGAAAAAACGUGUAUUGGGAUUUUUUGGGGUUCUGACACUUUUGGAUAAUUGAAUAUGCCCCGGGUCAAAUUGACCCAGGAACAUUCUUGUUGUUCCAGAGAAACGAACAUAACAGGAGGGUUAAAUCAGUUAUUAAGUAUUCAUUGUUUCAGCAAGGCCAGCAGUUUUGUUUUGUUUCCUUGUGCUAAGCUAGGCUAACUAUGAACUGCACCCAUCACUGUAAUGGACACAGAGAUGAAACUGAUAUUCAUGAGACAAAUCUGCGUCUGUAGGAGAAAAACAAAGAUCAGGAUGACUUGAGAAAUCAUGUGACUGUUUUCUAACCCUUCAGUUGUCUCUUACUGAUUACUGUUCUGUUUGAUUCUGUAAUGGCUGCUUUUCUGUGACUUGUUGUGUAUUUGCUCUGACACUGUUAGUCACUGUCGGGUGUAUCAGAUGUGCUGUAUGAGCUCUGCUUUUAGCUCGAUGUCUUAAGUCUCAGUGAGCCUGCAUGUUGUCAUCGUGAUGCUGUUUGUUCUGCUUGUUUUGCUCUUUUGUGCGUUUCUGUUCUCUGACUCUGUAAAGGACUGAACACUUGGCUGUCUUUUGGAUGUUUCUGUAAAUUUUCAAUGUCUGAAGAAGCGUUUAUUUUUUGUGAUGAUUUUGUUAAAGAAGCCUGUACAUUUUGUAAAUGAAUCGACCAAUAAAAAACUAGUUUAUCCUUGA